AUGAGUCUCCGGUCAUCGAUUUGGAACCGACAACUGGUGCGGUCUUUGCAAGCGUUGCGAUCAGUUUGGACCGCGCGGAGCGAGCGUGCUGUAGUUGCUGAACCCAGACAAACUCGGCGCCACUACGCUGGCGGCAGCGACGAAUCCAGGAUUGCAGCCGGGAGCCUUGGACGUCGCUGGCAGGAGCGCGAGACAUCCCAAGAGAAUAUGUAUUUUAGUAAAGAGGACGAACUGGUGCUGAAGCGGCUUGCAGCAAAGAUGGCUCGCCAGGUUGCUCCGACUGAAGAGCAGCUUGCACAGGAGAGAGAGGCCAUCCAGGGCGUCUUGCAGAAGCACGGUAUAAAGACGACCCCUGAGCUCGUCGAGGAGCUCGUGAAACUACGUCACGGUGUUUGA